UUGACUUGACAUCCCUUCCACCCACUCAGCAACGCAGCCAUCCGCAGGCGUGCUGCUGAGUAAGAAUGGCUUCCAUGCCACCACCAGCAACCUCAUCCGCCUCGUCUGCUGCAGGGUCUUCAGCCAAGGGCUCCUCAGCAGCAGCAACAGGCGCCUCUUCCUCGUCAUCAUCUGGGCAAUCGACAAAGGACGCCUUCAAUGCUGCUCUUCGUUCUCGCAACCCACAGAACAACUACAUCGCCCACCUCAAGAUCUGGGAAUCGGUCGAUGAUGCCGAAGGCGCCAAGCCAAGUAACAGUCUGGCUCCAACAGCAGCCACUGCCCCUACUCGGAAGGCGCGCUACCUCAUCCUCGCUGUGCAGCGAGACACGGGGAAGGUGACCAUCAAUAAGGCAAAGCGCAACGCCAAUGGCUCCUUCAGCAUCGGCAAAGAUUGGGACUUGAACACCCUGCGAGUGGUAGAAGUGACGGAGCCAACGCAGUUCACUUUGACCCUUUCCCGUUCUUAUUCAUGGACAACGGACCGAGCGAGGGAACAGUCGCUGUUCCUUACGUCGCUCAUUAAUGUGUAUAGGAAGUACACGAGGGACGCAGAGGGACCCAGAUGUAUUGGUAUUGAUGCUGGCGGGAGCGGCACAGCGUCGUCACAAGCUGCGACAGGGAGGGCUCAGUCGCCUACUACGGCUAUGCCCGUCGGGCCUGCCAUCAGCCCGCCAAAGCAGCAGCAACCUCACCUCUCAGCUUCGUCCCCUCCUCGGCAGCGAGAUCGAGAGGAGCUGCCAUCUCGCUCAGUCAUGCAAGCUCAGGUCCCAGACCCCAUCCAGCGAUCAGCAUCCGCAGACCCAUACGCCGAUCGAUCACCGCAGCGAGGUGCCGUGCCCCUGCCCUCCUCCACCGAUGGCUUCUACGACGCCAAUAGCAACCAGCAACGAGGCAGUGAGGCGGCGCCAAAGCCUCCUUCAGCACCACUGCUCUCACCCAUCACUCGACGACCCUCCCUCAUGCGAAACGACUCAGCUAUGCCUCGUCUCGAGACGAGCGUGGAGGACAUGCCGACGCCCAGAGGCUUCUCCCCAGCGGCGCCCAAUGCAACGCUUCCCACUUCAGCGAGUAGUGGUCAGAUGCCCGCUGCGGGGUCGGGCAAGAACAAACUGUCCGAGCGAUUGGCCCGAGUGGCUGCGGGGGCGAACAAUGGUCGCUCCUCGCCCACAGGCAGCUCGAGGGGUCCUUCGCCUCUCCCUCCUGCCACUGCGUCGAGCAGCAAUGACACGACUUCGACUGCGAGCAGCGCAACUCGUCGCGCUCCCUCAAGGCAAGACUCGAAUGGCUCCAGCUCAUCCUCAACCAUGCUGUCCACCCCGCAAACGAAUGCUCGUGCGCGCCUCUCCUCCCUCGAGCCUGUGGGCAACAGAGGCGGAAAGGCUUACGAGCGGAUGCUUCUUGCUGGCACUGGUCUAAAGAGUAUCGGCGAUGAGGACGAAGAAGAGGAAGAGGAAGACGGGCAGGAGCGAAUGGAGACAAUGGCGCCCGACGAUGAGGAUAUCUACGGAGGAGCAGUAGUGGGCGAGGAGUCGGAUCAUCCCUCUAAACGCAACAAAGCUGUGGCGCGCUCAGGGAGCUUGAGCAGGAAGAGGAGCGCCAGAAGAAAACAGACCGGCAGUAUCGUCAACGGCGGCAACACCGCAAAUGGGAUCGAGGCAGACGAGCUGGACGACGAGUUGGACGCAACACUCCUGAACGUCGAGGAGAUGCUAGAAGGCAUCGACUUCCGCACUGCGCACAAAAAUCCCGGUCUUCUCGGCUUGGGGGCACUCGGCUUGAGCGGUAGUGGUGGUGGCGGUGGAGCAUACAGUGCUGCAUCCAAUCCUCUCAUCGCUCGCGCCAAAGGUCAAGGUACAGCCGACCUUAUUGAGGCUUCUCUCCUUUCCGAGCUCCAAGCCCUCGACUCGGCCAACAUUCACUCGAUUCUCAACGGAGACGACCGUCUUACCUCGGUGCUCAAUCACGUCGAUUCGGCCCUCGCGCAGCUGGACAGCAUCGACUCGCUCGUCGCAUCGUACAAGUUGAGCCUCAACUCGCGAGCGGAGGAUAUCGGCUUUAUUGAGUCGCAGAAUCGCGGUUUGCAGGUCAUGAAUGCCAACUGGCGAGCGCUGCAGAGGGAGAUUGAGCAAUUGAGUAGUACGAUCAAUGUGCCAACGCACGAGGUCGAGCUAUUGCUCGCCAGAGACUAUGAGGUCGAAGGAGCUAUUGAGGCCAAGGAGUCUGCGGCCGCAAGUCUAUAUAGGGCAAUCCUGCAGGCCAGGACCAGUCAGAUGGAAGAGCAUAACGCCACAAGCGUGCAGGGAGGCAUGGCUGCUAGUACCGAGCGAUUGGAGGAGUACUCGAACAUCUCCGCCACCUUUGGGAGCAGACUACUGCAGCACCUCUCGUCCCUCUUCGCCCAGCUGGCCAGUGCGAUCGUUUCUGACCCGAUGCGAAAGGGCGCCCUGCAGCCGCCCAAGCCGACCUUGACUACACACGAUGUGGUGGAGACGACGUUGGGCAGCUACUGUGGGCUUAUGCUGUACGCCAAGGAGGUCGAGCCGAAGACGUUCGAGCGUAUCUCGGCGGCUUAUCUGACUAGCGCGGCCGAGAGAUACAAGGAAGAGGUGACGCGCUUGGUCGGGGUGUGGAAGAUGCUUGUCAGGAGCACCGGUGAGGAUGAAGAGGUGCUCUCCUCUUUCGCGCCCGAUCCCGCCGCUGGUAGCAGCGGUGGCGGUGGUGGGCUCGGUGGCUCUAGUGCCCUCAGUCGAUCAACGACAGUACGUCGCCUCGCGGGGGGUGGCUCCUCCUCCGCAGCCAACAAAAAGGCCAAGUCCUCCACAGGCGAAGUCUCCGGCUCAGAGGCUUUCCACCAUAUCCUCCUCUCGCUCUCCCCUCUCCUCAUCCAGGAGUCUCUUUUCCUCAGCGACUUCUUACACCUCAACAGCAACGGCUUAACGUUCGCGGACUACAUGGACUUUGAAGUCUACUUCCGCCGACGAGCGGCCGCCAUCUUUGCAGAAGCUGGCGGCGACGAGCGUAAAGGCGGGCUGAGGGACAUGCGUGGGGCCCUCGAGCUGGUAUUCGGCUUUCUCACUGGGCAGGUGGAUGGGUUCUUUGAUGAGGUUGGCAAACGAGACCGUUUCCAGGUCGUGGGCGUGCUGGCCGCGCUGGACAAUGCGUUGCUGGAUGCAGAGGAUGCUAGCAACGACUUCUUGAUGCGCACCCUCAACAAGUGGCACGUCAAGGCCAACGCAUCGUUGGAUCGCUUCUUUGCAGAGCAAAUCAAGGCGAUCACGGCGAGCGCAGGUAGAUCAGGGCCCGGAUCCUCGUCUUAUGCGCCGUCCUUCCGCGGUCGCAAGGGAGGGCGGGGUGGACUGAUCCAGCCAGUGAGGGUCCUACCACACUUUGUGGAGCGGCUCGAGGCCCAGCUUGUUGGAGCGGAGAAUCUGGGCAUUCGAUCGGUGGUCGACUCGUACUACGCCAAGAUGGAGACGACCCUCAUCGAUGCUCUGGUGGCGCUCAAGGUUGACGCGUCCACGGGUUACGGUGGUGGGGUAGCAGGGGCGCAAGACGAGGACAAGGGCAUCAUGAAUCACCAAGUCCUUCUCAUCGAGAACAUGCAUCACGUCGUCCAAGAAACGUCGAAGCUCACCCACAAGGCGCCUGCUCUAUCCGCCCUGGUCAGCAGAGCAGACAAGAUGUACGAGGAUUCGCUCAGCAACUACGUCCACUUCGUCCUGCGGCGACCAUUAGGGAAGCUACGUGACUUCGCCGACGGGAUUGACUCCCUACUCAAAGGCGGAGCAGGCACUCCAGCCUCGGAGGUCUCUCUGCACUCGGCCUACAGUAAAGCGAGCUUCAAACGCCUCGUCAAGGAGUACACGACAAAGGAUGUGCGCAAGCAGGUCGAUGCGUUGUGGAAGCGUGUGCUCAAGCACUUUGACGAGGAUGACGAUGAGGGGUUCACACUGGCUGGUGGGUCUUCGAAAACUGGCGGCGUCUCAGCGAAUGCUGCGGCCGCGAUGUUGGAUUCGGACGAGCUGGCCAGUGGUGCGGCUGCGGAGGAGGAAGAGAGGAGAAGGGUGGUGGGAAAGGUGUGGCGCAGGUGCGAGCAGGACUUCUUCAGGGAUGUGGAGCGCUUGCUGAGGAUUCAGGCGGAAUGCUACAAGGGGAGCGGGGUGAGCAUUGAGCUGCAGACGGGAGAUGUGGUGCGAUUCUUCCAGAGAUGAUCAAGAUGAGAGAAAUGCCUUAAUCAGAUGUCGCGCGAUGCCUUUGAUCGGACCCUGCGAAUGAAGAAGAUCAGAGC